AUGCUGGACGAGCGGUUAAGUCAAAGCACGUCGCCGUAUUUGGGUCUGUUGCUUUCCGUGGAGGAUACUGCUAUUUACGGAUUCCAGACCAGCACGCAAUUGAAGAUCUUGCUCAUGCUGGAGCAAUCCACCCAUGAUGUACCAGACAAAGACAUCUCCGACAUGUUUCGAGCUAUUCAUGCCGUGUAUAUGAGCUAUAUGUCCAACCCCUUUGUGAAUAUGGGCGCCGACGACUUGCCGCCCAAUGCUUCUAUGGAUACACCCCGGCGCCCUACCGUUCCACCGUUUGCCAGCGGGAAAGAUAUGCCUGUCCAAAAUGGACUCUUUGAUAAAAGGAUCUCUGCUAUCACUGGCUGGACUGUUCCUACUACCUCAGAUGUAUAA